UCCAACCACAUUAAAAAAUGGAACGCAUAACAAAGUUGGCAUCACAAAAGGCAGUGGUGAUCUUCAGCAAGAGUUCGUGCGGGAUGAGCCAUGCAAUAAAGAGGCUGUUUUACGAGCAGGGUGUGGGCCCUGCAAUCUAUGAACUUGAUGAAGACACAAGAGGGAAGGAAAUGGAAUGGGCUCUCAUGAGACUCGGCUGCAACCCUUCUGUCCCUGCUGUCUUCGUUGGUGGCAAGUUUGUCGGUUCAGCCAACACUGUCAUGACCCUUCACCUCAAUGGCUCACUCAAGAAAAUGCUCAGAGAUGCUGGUGCUCUAUGGCUCUAGAACAUUAACCUCAUACAAAUACAUUCUACCCUAAUGCACACACCUUCUCACAAACGCUGCUUUAAUUGUAUUAUAAACCUUCUUCUUUUUACUCCUGCGGCUUUUUCAACCUUCAUUCUACUCAAUAAUAUCUAGAGACUCUGCUCUUCUAUAUAAUCUU